UUGCAGUUGAGAGUGAUCAGAGGGGAAAGGAGGAAGACUCAGGAAUCGCUACGCGCCCGGAACGUGGAACAGAUGCGCCAGCACUUUGGAGAUCAUUGCCCGCUGAACCACUCCAGGCUGUCCGAUGCAGAUACCACCCAUAAUCCCUACAGCGAUUUCUUAGUUGACCUUGAUACUAGGUAGGCACUUCUAUCAACCACCGUCAAGAUGCCUAUGAACUGGAACACCGAGAACGAUCGCAUCCUGCUCUUGAAGCUGAUCGAGACUCAUGGCAUCUCUGUCGACUCGGCCAAGAUUGCCGCAGCCUGGCCCAAGGAUGCUCCCGUUAAGCCAACCUCACGUGCAAUCACCGAGCGCUUUGUAAAGCUCCGGAAGAUGGCUGGUAUCAACGCCACUAUCACGACCUCGACCCCCUCCAAAGCUCGCGCGCGUCCGUCGAAGUACGUCAACACCCCAAGUUCCUCCACGAAGAAGCGCAAGGCCAAGGGCGAUUCCGAGUCCGAUGCUGAAGAUGACAUCACUGAUGGAGAGGAUACGCCGACGAAGAAGAAGCCCGCUCAGCGUGGUGGAAGCAAGUCAGGCGGUCGGGGCGGAGUGGGAUCGUCUGUGCGCGUCAAGACCGAGUUCCCCGACAACUCAUUCACCAACGCAGAAGACUUAGACUUCGAGGCGCUUUCCGCUCAUGCCACCAGGCUCCGCGAGGCUGUCAAUAACGGCGGCACACCCGACCGUGACUACUUGUUCUCGGACCAUGGCAUUCCCAACUACGGUUCUAGUCCAGUCUCUGCCUUCGCCAGCGCUUCCAACGGCUUGAAUGGCUUCACCGACCAAUCCUUCCUUGGCUUCGGGAGCGGAAAUAACGGCCUAGGUGCGGGCUUGAGCGGCUUCGGUGUGACGAGCAACGGCAUGGGCUUCUCCCUCAACAGCAAGACCGGCAGCAUGCCAGUUCAAGCUGGAGAUCCCCUCUCGACGCCCACUCGCCGCCUCAACUUCAACGCCACCCCGAAUUCCACUCAUCCUGCCAACGGCGCCGCCAACCGCUCGCCCACUCGAGCCACCCGCCCGUCCGCCGCCCCAAGCAAUGAUUCGGCCGUUCGUACCGAGCAACGCGCCCGCUCUGCUCGCAAGGCAUCCCAGCAGGCGUCCGAAGGCAUGGCGGCCUGGAUCCAGCAGCAGAAGGCUGAGGAUCGCGAGGACGGCCAGAAGUCGAGCGAGGAGGACAGUGCGGCAUCUGAGUUCCGCGAAAGUGAUGGAGAGUAUGUUUGAUAGAGCAUGGCGGUGGAUAGAGGGCUAAAGGCCUGGAAGGUAGGGGAUGCGGUGGCGAAAUUGGAAAAGCGAUGCUUGUAGAUUUGGCGCUUUUAUGGGGCUGGAGACACUUAGGCUUGCUUUUCCUUUCCUUUUUGGGGUUAUGCUGCAGGGGUCGAUGACCUUCAUGCAGCUCGAUGACUUGGUC